CGCGGCGCGGCCCCGCCGCCGCCUGCCCCAGCCCGGCCCGGCCGCCGCCGCCUCGGAGCAGGUGGCUGGCAGUGCAGCAUGCCUUUCUCCUGAGCCCUGAGCCCGGGACACAGAGGUCCUGCUCCCUGGAGAGAUGUCCUCCACACGCAGCAAUGGGGAGCACUGGAAGUCGCUGGAGUCGGUGGGGCUCAGCCGCAAGGAGCUGGCUCUGGCCGAGGCCCUGCAGAUGGAGUACGAUGCCCUGUCGCGCCUGCGGCAGGACAAGGAGGAGAACAGGGCCAAGCAGCGGGGGGAGCAGCCCCUCAUCUCCUGGGACGACCCCGCUGACAGGAACGGCUGCAGCAGCAUCAAAGCCUCACGGGGCCUCUCUGGCUCCGACCCCACGCUCAGCUACAACGGCCCCACGCUCCCCGAGGGUUCCCCUGCACCUGGGGCACCCCCUGAUCCCGGCUCCCCCCCCGAGCUGGACCCCCAGCCCUGGCUGAAGGGACCCCUGGCUGAGGACUACCUGUACAUCUUCGAGGGGUCAGGGGGGGACUUCCUCGGGGAGCCCCUCAACGGCACCUCACCCCACAACAGUGGCCGCAGCUCCCCUAAGAAGCUCUCGCCUCCCCCUCUGCCCCCUCGGCACCCAGUCUGGAGCUCCCCUGAGGGGAGCCAGCGCUCAGGGAAAGGUUCCCCCCCAUCCUCCAAAGGACCUCAACCCAGGGACAUCAACAUGUUCUCGGCAGCCCAGGAGAGGGCCCGCGGGAAGCUGCUGGGGCGCCGCAUCUCCGAGGAGGAUCCUUUCGGCGGCAUCAACGACGCUAUCACCUGCCUCAACCUCAAAUCCACCUACGAGUCCGAGGUGCUGCGGGAGGCUGCCCGUGGAUGGAAGGAGGGCAGGAGCAUCUUUGAGAAGGAAUCAAGUGGCAAACCCGUGGCACGGAGCAAAACCAUGCCCCCACAGGUCCCCCCCCGCACCUACGGCUCCCGCUCGGGCAACAGGAAGAACCUGGCGCCAAACAAGAACCGCAGGAUCUCCGUCAAUCCCGUUGCCCCCAGGCCUCACUCCUUUGCCAACAGCUACGAGCUCUUCGAAGUGUCUGAGGAGCGGGAUGAGGAGGUGGCUGCUUUUUGCCACAUGCUGGAUGUGCUGCGCUCUGGCUACAGCACCAAGGACUAUUCCCUCACGGGCUUGGUGUGGAGUGCUGUCAACCUCAGCCCUGAGCAGCUGGGCCACGGUGUCAGCCUGAAGGUGACAGUGGUGUGUGACGGGCUGCGGGAGCACCUCACCUUCACCUGCGACUGCUCCUCCACUGUGGACCUGCUCAUCUACCAGGCGAUGUGCUACACGCACGACGAGCUGCACGCCGUCGACAUCGAGGACUUUGUGCUCAAGAUCUGUGGCUUGGAGGAGUUCCUGCAGAACAAGCAUGCCCUGGGCAGCCACGAGUACAUCCAGCACUGCAGGAAGUUUGACACUGAGAUCCGCCUGCAGCUGAUGAAGAGGAAGGGGGUGCGCAGCGACCUGGCCCGGACGGCAAACGAUGACCAGAGCCCUUCCACCCUCAACCACUACAUCCACCUGCAGGAGAGGCCCAUCAAACAGACCAUCAGCAGGCAGGCCCUGAGUCUCCUCUUCGACACCUUCCACAAUGAGGUGGAUGCUUUCCUGGCAGCUGAGGGAGACUUCCCACUGAAGGCAGAACGAGUGAUCCAGUCAGUCAUGGCCAUCUGCAACGCUCUGGCUGCCGUGGAGACCCAGGACAUCACCUCAGCCCUCAACCAGAUGCCCCCCUGUCCCUCCCGCAUGCAGCCCAAAAUCCAGAAGGAUCCAAAUGUUCUGGCCAAGAGGGAAAAUCGAGAGAGGAUCGUGGAGAGCCUGACAGCUGCCAUCCUCAACCUGGUUGAGCUCUACUGCAGCACCUUCAACGCCGACUUCCAGCCGGCCGUGCCCGGGAGCCGGGAGCAGGGGGCGGCGCAGGAGGCUCGGCUGCUGUCCUGCCCGCUCACCUUCACCGUCUACGCCACCCACCGCAUCCCCAUCACCUGGGCUGCCAGCUACGAGGAUUUCUACCUCUCCUGCUCCCUCAGCCAUGGUGGCAAGGAGCUGUGCAGCCCCCUGCUCACCAGGAAGGCCCACGUCUACAAAUACCUCUUCCACCUCAUCAUUUGGGACCAGCAGAUCUGCUUCCCCAUCCAGGUGAACCGUCUGCCUCGGGAAACGCUGCUCAGCAUCACGCUCUUCGCCGUGCCCGUCCCGCCCCCCGGCAGCUCCUCUGACGCCAACAAGCAGCGGCGGGUCCCCGAGGCCCUGGGCUGGGUGACCACCCCCCUCUUCAACUUCAGGCAGGUCUUGACCUGUGGGAGAAAGCUCCUGGGCUUGUGGCCAGCAACCAAGGACAACUCCAGAGCCAGGUCGAGUGCCCCCAACUUCAACCAGCCCGACAGCGUCAUCUUGCAAAUCGACUUCCCUGCCUCUGCCUUCGAGGUGAAGUUCACCAGCCCACCAGCCGCCGCCUUCAGCCCCCAGUACGAGUUUGGCAGCCUGGGGGAGGAGGAUCAGCGCCAGCUGCGGGAGGCCAUGCAGAAGAAAUCGCUCUACUGGCUGACGGACGCUGACCGCAGGCGGCUGUGGGAGAAGCGCUACUACUGCCACGCGGCCGCCGGCGCCCUGCCCAUGCUGCUGGCCAGCGCGCCCAGCUGGGAGUGGGCCUGUCUGCCCGACAUCUACGCCCUGCUCAGCCAGUGGACAUACAUGAGCCAUCAGGAUGCCCUGGGGCUCCUGCACGCCACGUUCCCGGACCAGGAGGUGAGGAGGACGGCUGUGCAGUGGAUCGACUCCAUCUCUGACACUGAGCUGCUGGACUACUUGCCCCAGCUGGUCCAGGCUCUGAAGUAUGAGUGCUACCUGGACAGCCCUCUGGUGCGCUUCCUCAUGAAGAGAGCGAUCUGUGACCUGAAGGUCACUCACUACUUCUUCUGGCUGCUGAAGGAUGGCCUCAAGGACUCCCAGUUCAGCAUCCGUUACCAGUACCUGCUGGCAGCUCUGCUGUGCUGCUGUGGGAAGGGGCUGCGGGAGGAGUUUGACCGGCAGUGCCUGCUGGUCACCACGCUGGCCAGGCUGGCCCAGCAAGUGCGUGAUGCCACCCCGUCCGCACGCCAGGGCAUUCUCCGUGAGGGGCUGGAGGACGUGAAGCAGUUCUUCAAGACGAACGGCUCGUGCCGGCUGCCGCUCAGCCCCAGCCUAUUGGUGAAGGGCAUCGUGCCACGGGACUGCUCCUAUUUCAACUCCAACGCCGUCCCCCUGAAGCUCUCCUUCCAGAACGUUGAUCCCCUUGGGGAAAACAUCCGAGUCAUUUUCAAGUGUGGUGACGACCUGCGGCAGGACAUGCUGACGCUGCAGAUGAUCCGCAUCAUGAACAAGAUCUGGGUGCAGGAGGGGCUGGACAUGCGCAUGGUCAUCUUCCGCUGCUUCUCCACCGGCCGUGGACGAGGCAUGGUGGAGAUGAUCCCCAACGCCGAGACCCUGCGCAAAAUCCAGGUGGAGCACGGUGUGACGGGCUCCUUCAAAGACCGGACACUGGCAGACUGGCUGCAGAAGCACAACCCCGGGGAGGAUGAGUAUGAGAAGGCUGUGGAAAACUUCAUCUACUCCUGUGCUGGCUGCUGCGUGGCCACCUACGUCCUGGGGAUCUGCGACCGGCACAACGACAACAUCAUGCUCAAAACCACUGGCCACAUGUUUCACAUCGACUUUGGCCGCUUCCUGGGCCACGCACAGAUGUUCGGCAACAUCAAGAGGGACCGGGCGCCGUUCGUCUUCACUUCGGACAUGGCCUACGUCAUCAACGGGGGGGAUAAACCCUCCAGCCGCUUCCAUGACUUUGUGGACCUGUGCUGCCAGGCCUACAACCUGAUCCGCAAGCACACCCACCUCUUCCUCAACCUGCUGGGGCUGAUGCUCUCCUGUGGCAUCCCCGAGCUCUCCGACCUGGAGGACCUCAAGUAUGUCUAUGAUGCCCUGAGGCCACAGGACUCUGAUGCCGAUGCCACCACCUACUUCACCAGGUUGAUCGAGUCCAGCCUGGGCAGCGUGGCCACCAAGCUCAACUUCUUCAUCCACAACCUGGCACAGAUGAAGUUCACGGGCUCUGAUGCCCGUCCCACCCUCUCCUUCGCCCCCCGCACACACACCAUCAAGACGACCGGCCGGAUCCACGACGUCUUCCUCUGCCGCCACGAGAGAAUCUUCAACCCCAGCAAGGGCUACACCUACGUGGUGAAGGUGCAGCGGGAGAGCCCAGGUGAAGUGACCUUUGUGCAGCGCACCUUCGAGGAGUUCCAGGAGCUGCACAACAAGCUGCGCCUCCUCUUCCCCUCCUCGCUGCUGCCCAGCUUCCCCAGCAGGUUCGUCAUCGGACGGUCGUGGGGCGAAGCGGUGGCCGAGCGGCGGAAGGAGGAGCUGAAUGGCUACAUCUGGCACCUCAUCCACGCUGCCCCCGAGGUGGCAGAGUGUGACCUCAUCUACACCUUCUUCCACCCCCUGCCCCGGGAUGAGAAGGCAGCUGGCACCAACCCACCCCCAAAGCCCACAGAUGCCACAUGGGCUCGGCCCCUGGGGAAGGUUGGUGGGGAGGUGAAACUCUCCAUCUCCUACAAGAACAACAAGCUCUUCAUCAUGGUGAUGCACAUCCGAGGGCUGCCACCCUUGCAGGAUGGCAACGACCCUGACCCCUAUGUCAAGACCUACCUGCUGCCCGACCCCCAGAAAACAACCAAGAGGAAAACCAAAGUGGCCCGAAAAACCUGCAACCCUACCUACAACGAGAUGCUGGUCUACGAUGGGAUCCCCAGGGGGGACCUGCAGCAGCGGGAGCUGCGCCUGAGCGUGCUGAGCGAGGAGGGCUUCUGGGAGAACAUCCUCCUGGGGGAGGUCGGCAUCCGCCUGCGGGACCUCGACCUGGCUCAGGAGAAGAUGGGCUGGUUCGCCCUGGGCUCCCGCGGCCACGGCACCCUCUGAGGUCCCCGGGGCUGGGGACCACACAGCGCUGCCACCGCGGCUCUGCCCGCCCGGGGAUGUGCCCGUGGGCACUGCUGCAGUACCAAGUUUACCUUGUGUCAAGGGAGCAAUG